GCUGCCACUCAGCGCCGCUGACUGAGGUGCUCAGCGUCGAGGGUCGAGGUCGACUGGUCGAGGUCCAUCGAGGGUACGUACCGAUGUCCUUGCCUGAGCCAACCCCAGGAGCCCAGGUCGGUACCGCACCCGUCUUGUUGCAAAGCACCCGGCCCUGUCGCUCCUCCCCAUCCAUCACUCUUCCUCCCCCAUCACCCAUUACCCAUUCUUCGUGCAGUCCACGAUCCUUCCGCCCCCUCUUCUUCCUCAGUUUCUGCUCCCAACUCCUCGUGUUGGGAUUGCGUUUGAGUAGUCUCAUCCUCUGCCUUAUUUUACUCCUUUUUUCCGCCUCGCACCGAGCCCGUCUCCCCACCCGCGCACCACUCGUUCUCCAAGUCGCCUUCAACCUCUUCGUGACGGAUCACGACGAGUUUUGCGAAAACACAAACUGCCCGACCGCGUCCCCAACGCGCCCUCGAAUCGUGCCAGCAAUCCGUAUUUCGCUUCUCAACGACCGUCACCUCCCUCUGGGCACGCUGCUUUCCCCCGUCGACCCGCCGCUCAUCCUCUGCCCUUGACGGCCACGAUCCACGAUUCUCCACGACCCUCGAGCCCUCCACCGACGCCUGCGAUUCCCCGACUGUCCGCCCGCGCCGGUAUCCUCCCGCCGUAUGAGACUUUCCGUGACUGUUCUCGUUCGC